GUCUAGUUUCCUAUGACGAGGACUCACAAUCCGACUCUGAGCAACCGACGCAAAGUUCUCAUACAAAAGCACGUACAAGGACAGUCGUAAACCGAGCGGAGGACACGAACAGAGCACAAAAUAUCAAACCAUCUGAUGUGAGAAUCUUAAAUCGCAGGCUAUACACGCACCGUUUCCCUCUUUCUCGCUCCCCUCUUUCUCUCUACGCCAGGACUCGAUGCUGAAGGCCGGAAUUGACGUUCCUUCAGAACCAAGACGAACGAAAUCGACCGCGAUGACAGCUUCGAGUUCCACAAGUUCGAAUCCGAACAUCGUCAUCCGACGUCCAGCACAUCCCAAGCCCCAUGCUCGUGCCCACAUAAGCGCUUCCGAAGACCUGGAUGCCCCUUCAACCGUGCAGUUCUCAAGGGUCUCUGCUACUUCCUCGGCUCAAGCUGGGUCUUCGGCCACAACAUCAGAUGCUGGUCACCCAAUGGACCAGGAUAGACCAGCGCCAUCGGACGAACUUAUACGUAUCCGCCAGCUCCUUCGUCCGCCUGAGAUUGUGGCCACAGCAGAUUGGGGUAUACCUCCAGCAAGUACUGAGCCCUGUGAUCCUGCUAUAGAGACCAAGUUGGCUCAAUUCCACGCACUCAAACGCGAUCCGAACCAACAAAAACAUUUCAAUGACUCCCUCAUGUCGAAUCGAUCAUUCCGGAACCCACAUCUCUACGCCAAGCUCGUCGAAUUCGUGGACGUGGACGAGACAGUAUCGAACUUUGCGACGACAAGGAGCACCGACAGCACCGCCGACGGUGGACGUUUUGUACCGACGUGGGACGCAGAGGACGAAAGAGAUUUGAAGGAUGACUGGUUUGCGGACUCAAUCGCCGCUUACCAGAAAACGCGCUCCGAGCAGCAAGAAGCAGCCAAAGCAGCGGGCUCCCAACGCUCCAAAAUCGACUUCACGACUUCCUCACGUCCUCCGCCUCCUCCACCGCCACCCGCCGGCCCUCGCGGAAGUGGCGCGAACCCAUAUUCCCAGGGCAAUUCCGCCGGUGGUGUGAACCCGUAUGUGGCUGGACAAUCCCAAAAUCGAGGCGCGAGUCAUGGAGGUGCGUUAGGAGGUGGGCGGAGGAGUCGCUAUGGGACGGGUGCUGGUGGUGAUUUGGGCGAUCAGGGAUGGAAUGAUAGGAAUGUGGGUGGUGGGGGUGGUGACUCGGAGGGAAGAGCACACAAGAGGAGUCGGUGGGGCGGGUGAAUGGUAACGAGCGGGCAUGCAUGACACAGGUGAAGAGGCUGAUACGCUCUCGGAUUUCUUGUCUUUGUUCUCUAUGCAUGUUUUUGCCUCCGUAGCUGGGUAUGGGAGAGCCUCGGUCUCCCCGAAUACAGUUGGCCUUGUGGUG